AUGGAAAAAGUAGGUACAUUACAAUGGGAAGAUUACCUGGUCAUAGCAGCCACACUAUGCAUAAGUCUGGGCAUAGGUAUCUAUUAUCGGUUCAGUGGUGGACGACAAAAAACUAUGGAGGAAUACUUCAUUGCCAGCAGGUCAAUGAGCAUCACACCUGUGGCUGUUGCACUAGUGGUUUCCUUCAUGUCUGCAAUUACUUUAUUAGGAGUUUCUGCAGAAAAUUACACAUAUGGAACACAGUUUGUAGUAAUUAAUUUAUCAUACCUCAUAGGAACUCCUCUUGUUUGUUAUGGAUUUUUACCAGUAUUUUUUAAACUCCAAGCAACAAGCGCUUAUGAGUACUUAGAAAAACGUUUUGGAAUCAGAGCUAGAAUGAUGGCUAGUUUUGUGUACUGGCUGCAAUUGCUUUUGUAUUCUGGUGUUGUACUUUAUGCUCCCGCUCUAGCAUUAGAGGCAACAACAGGAAUUUCUAAAACUGGCAGUAUUAUUAUCCUUGGCUUAGUAUGUGCCUUCUAUUCAAGCAUAGGGGGUAUCAAAGCUGUCUUAAUCACAGAUGUGUUUCAAGGAUUGCUGAUGUUUGUUUCUGUCUUCAUUAUUAUCAUCACAGCUGCUAACGAGGCUGGAGGUAUAGGCAGAAUCUGGCAAAUAGCGGAGGAAGGACAUAGGAUUGAAUUUGACAGUAUUUCGAUAGACCCCACAGUUCGACAUACUUGGUGGUCGCUCACUAUUGGUGGUUUAUGUACGUUUCUAUCACUGUAUGGCGUAAAUCAAGUUCAAGUACAGCGUUUGUUAACAGUGAGAGAUAUAAAAGCAGCACAGAAAGCACUUUGGCUGGCAUGGCCAAUUUUGUCAAUACUUUCAAUGACUACGUGUUUCUCAGGAUUAGCAAUAUAUAGUAAAUAUUAUAAAUGUGAUCCUUUGCUUCAAAAAAGAAUAUCAUCUACAGAUAUGUUGAUGCCUUUGUAUGUCAUGGACACCAUGUCUGACAAACCUGGUUUACCUGGUCUUUUCAUAGCAGGUAUUUUUAGUGCUGGUCUCAGCACUAUUUCAGCAGCAUUAAAUUCUUUGGCAGCAGUAACACUAGAAGAUUAUUUAAAACCAGCAUAUAAAAAAUGUUGUGGUAAGGAAUUCUCUACGAGUAUGUCGACAACCAUGGCUAAGUUACUUGCCCUCAUUUAUGGAAUUAUUUCCAUUGCCUUGGCGUUUCUAGCACAAUUAUUGGGAGGUGUUUUACAGGCUGGCCUAACAAUAUUUGGGGUAGUGGGUGGUCCAUUAUUAGGCCUUUUCACUCUUGGAAUGCUCACAGAAACAGCUUCUGAAACAGGGUCUGUAAUAGGCGCUACUGUGUCUCUAGCAUUUUUGUUUUGGGUUGCUUUUGGACAACCCAGGCCUAUUCCAACAACACUACCAGUUACCAAUAGUGGUUGUUCGAAUGCAACCAUUUUCAUCCCUAUGGAAAAAGUACCAUUGAAAUCAGAUGAUUACCUCUAUAUGUAUCGGGUUUCUUAUAUGUGGUAUGCUCCAAUUGGAUUUUUGAUGACGUUCAUAAUUGGAUUAGGCCUCAGUUACUGUUUGAACCGGAUAUAUAAAGAACCGAAAGUUGGGCUGGAUACCAACUUGUUCUUCCCUUUAAUAGGAGAACGUAUACGUCACAGGAAUAGGGAGAUUUCUAGUAGUAGUGAGAACGUGGUAUCAAAGAAUGCUACUGCGCAUAAGAAGUACAUUUUCAAUGUAAAUUCGGCUAAUGAUGUGGUGGAACCUUCUGAUGAUACCAAUACCACCAAACUUUAAUGCAUACUUGGUUAAUCGCUUGCUUUCUUCAAGUGGCAUUUUCGAUUCUAGGCAUUCCAUACUUUGUUUUGUAAGCCUAAGUAUUGUACGGGACUUGAAACCACUUAAGUUGGUCCCUUAAAAGAAAAAAGAUGACAUGUCCAAAGAAUGAAUAGGAAAAUUAAAUUAUUAUCCAUAUUUAUAAUACUAAAUUUAAUUUUACCGUAGUUCGGCUGUGCCGCUUUGGAAGAAAUAAAAAACGGGAUUCAUAUAUUUAUUGAUAAAUUGUUGGAGGUAAUUUUAGAAUGAGUCAGCUGGGCUAGAAAAUUGCCCAUUUGGACAUGUCAGUUCAAAACACCAAUAUUAUAUUAUAAAAAGGUAUUUGUCGGUGCUUUUAGCCCAUAAUAAUUACUUAUUUGUUUGUAAUUAUUGAGAUAAUAGUAUUUCACUAUCAAGCGAAUGUCUUCCAUCUUGUUCCUAAACUGCCAUUUUGUAAUUUGUCUAUAAGAUGUUUUACAGAAAUGCACAAGUUACUUAUUUUGUUUCACAUAUCAAUGACAAAGACACGAUGGCAUGCGAAUUUUUAUGGUACCAAAAGAAAUGUCUUUUAUUCCAAAGAAUUUGCGCAAAUCUGCUCAAUACAGAUACUUAAUGUAUUCACUCUUAAGUAUCACAAAUAUUGUACAAAUUACUUUAUGGAAUUAUAUUUUUCGUAGAUGCACCAGAAAAACAGGUCUAAUCUUUUUUACAAUUGGACGAUAAUUAAUUAAAUAAUGAUUCUCUUUAUUUUAGAAUUGAGAAACAUGCACUACAAAAUUGUAUGUAUGUAAGUAAUAAUACUCUCUUACCAAAAGAGGCUAUAUUUUAAUUCUGAAUAUAAAAAGAUAUAUUUUUAUAUACAAUAGUUCAAUACAGAGUAUUCUAUGGAUAACUCAUGAUGUUUUCCAAAACAGAUAUCCGUAGAGUGUAAAUUUUAUAUUUAUAAUAGGUUUGUUAUUUAGUGUGAUGAUAUAUGCAACACUUUUUUUCGGCUAGUCUGUCAGUCAGUAGAAUGUAGCAAUAUAUUUAUCCAAGCUUCGCUGUACUAUGCAACAGGGAUCAAUAAAACAAUGUAUGUGUGAAAGGAAA